AUGGCAACUCAACAUCAUCUCAAGACUACGAGCGUCAGCUUGUCGGAGCCGGGGGACUCUAGCGGCAAAGAUGUUGGUACUUCUACUCAGCAAAACAGCCACGACGAGCCCAAUCGUCUGCAGCCAGCUCAGACCAUGAGCAUAGAGGAGUUUCUCUCGGCAUGCAAAAAGGUCAAAUGGAAAACAGAUCUGCGCCUCAUAUUCAUGGCUUGGCUUAUGUACAUCUUCAACUACUUCGAUCGUAACACAAUCGGGGCCGCGAGAGUGAUCGGCAUGCAACAAUCAUUGGACAUGACCAGCACAGAAUUCGGACUCGCUGUUGCACUAUUGUUCCCCGGCUACAUCUCCAUGCAAAUCCCAUCCAACUUCAUCUUGACCAGGCUGCGCCCGUCACUGUAUCUGCCUGCCUGCAUGGUGGUCUGGGGCGGGCUCUCUCUCGCAAUGGCCUUCGUGCAGACAAAAGGCGCACUGUAUGUUGUGCGGUGUCUCCUCGGAUUCAUGGAAGCUCCAUUCAGUGUUGGGGUGCUUUUUUUGAUCUCCUCCUGGUAUACUAGAUCCGAGCUGGCUCUUCGUAACGCACUGUUUACGUCCGCCCCCAUGAUUGGCAACGCCUUUUCCGGUCUUGUCUCCGCUGCCAUCAACAAGCAUCUUGAUGGUGCUUUGGGCAAGGAGGCAUGGCGCUGGCUCUUCAUCACAGGCGGAGGUGCUACAGUCUUGAUCGCAUUUUCGCUUCCUGGAUCCUUCCGGACUUCCCUUCCAACACUCGAUGGCUAUCUCCGAAAGAACGAAGUCAACGAAGACUGGAGCCGUAGCGUCCAAAUGACACUACGUGAUAAGCGGCUUCCAAUCUUCGCGCUCAUGUAUUUCGCAGCCGGUAUUGCUUCUUCAGUCAUCGGCUUCUUCCCGUCUGUGGUCAAGACUCUCGGAUUCCCCCGCACCAACACCUUGCUACUCACGGUACCUCCGUAUAUCAUUGGAGUCAUCGUCGCUACAGUGACUGCAUGGCUGUCCGACCGGUACAAAAAUUGCUCGUUUUACAUCAUCGCGCCACUCGCUGUGUCGAUUGCGGGCUUUAUCAUAGCAGCAGCUACCAGUGUGAAAAUCGGUGCUCGCUACUUUGCCAUGAUCCUCAUGGUUGCUGCGGGACAUGGUGCGCAUGCGGUCAUUGUUGCAUGGGUGCAAAAGACCAUCAUGCGCCCACGGACGAAGCGAGCGUUGUCUGUGGCAUUUGUCAACUGUAUUGGAGGCCUUUCUCAUAUCAUUGGCUCGUUCAUGUACCCGGACAGAUGGGCUCCUCGAUAUGUUGCUGCCAUGUGUCUCAAUUCGGUAGCAGCACUAUGUGCGAUUAUACUUGCGCUUGUUAUGCGUCAGAUUCUCCGGCGUGCCAAUCAGAAAAUCGACAAUGACAACGAUGCCGCAAUGAUUAUGCAUGAUCAACUGCAUCCUGAAACGGCAUGGUCGUCCGAAGACGAGCGACAAGCACGAAAAGAUUCCCUGCGAUAUGUCAUAUAA